AUGUCCUCAUUAUUGCAGAACUAUGAAUCUGAAUGUCAAGUCGCUAUAAACCAGGCGAAGGUUUUGCUUGCUAAUGCUAAGAAUGAUGCCGGUGCUGUUUUAAAAGGUGGAAAAUCGGAUAUACUUUUACAAAUUCAACAGUACCAUGAUGAAUCUUUAGAAUUAGUGGAUCAAAUGGAAAUAGAGUUGAAUAAUACAGGGAACUCGUUGGAUUCUAAGACAAGGGCAUCUUAUAAAGCAAAGAUCAGAGAUUAUAAGAGACAGUGUCAGAAUGAAAUUAAGGAUCCUUUAAAGCAAUUGGUGCAAGAAAGCGAUAGGAAUAAGUUACUUGAAGGUCGCCACUUCGAUAAUGAUGAACAAAGGCAACAGCUUUUAUCGAACCAUGCGCUUUUACAACGUUCUGGUGAUAAAUUACAGGAUGCUACAAGACUGGCAUCCGAGACUGAGAACGUUGGUGCACAGAUAAUGAUGGAUUUGAGAUCUCAAAGAGAAACAUUGGAGAAUGCAAGACAAACUUUGUUCCAUGCUGAUUCGUACGUCGACAAGAGUAUUCGCACUUUGAAAACCAUGACUAGAAGACUCAUAGCCAAUAAGUUCAUUUCUUACGCAAUAAUAGCGGUUUUGAUACUACUUAUCUUGUUAGUGAUAUUCUCCAAAUUCAAAUAG